AGAUGGCGGCGUCCAUACUGAGGGUGCUGAAGCAGCGAGGUUGGAGCUUUUGCGGGUUCGGGCACCGAUUUGCAAGAGAAGUGCCUCGGAGAGAGAUCAGUUUCAAACUCGAUGAGAAAACAGCCCACAGCACCUUGGAUUUGUUCGGCAAGGACACUGGUGUCAUUUACCGGAUGCUGGGGAUUGACCCCACCAAAGUUCCCCAGAACCCUGAACGCUUCAGGGACUGGGCUAUUGUACUGGGUGACACUGCCAUGUCCAGUGGCUGUCAUUACUGGGAAGUGACUGUCAAGCGAUCGCAAGAGUUCCGCAUUGGAGUGGCGGAUGUGGACAUCUCCCGGGAAGUCUGCCUCGGAAUGGACGACCAUUCCUGGGUCUUUACAUAUGCUGACCAGUGUUGGAAUGCCAUGUUUGCCAAUGAGACCACUCCCAUCAGUAUCACUGACAACCUGGAGAGAGUGGGACUGCUCUUGAACUGCAGCAGCAGCAGCACCCUUGGCCUGGUGGAUACAAACAAACAUGUGCUCAUCCACAGCAUGCCUGUGCCGUUCCAACGUCCUCUGGUGCCUGCCUUUGCCCUCUGGGAUGGUGAACUGUUAACUCAUUCAGGACUCGAUGUGCCUGAGAAGCUCAAGGAGAAACUGAACAUUUCUUAAGCCCAGCUUGUUCCCCGAGAGAGAUUUUAUUCCUGGGAGACCAGAGUACUACAUAGCAAAUGGAAACAGAUUGUGGACCAUGGAAUAGUCCUGGAAUCAAGAUCACUGAGCCUUGCCAUAUUAGGAGCCAGGAGUUUUCCCCAUCCUACCUGCUUUCUUCUUAGAAAAAGGUUGGUCAUCUUGAUUCCAGAGCAAUAUCUGCCUUACUUUGCAGUGAAGAAAAAUUUUACUCAAUGCACUCAGUGACAGGAGCACGUUCUAACUUUGACUCUGCUCCAUCAUCUUCUGUUGCACAGACUGAUUUGCUUUACAUCUGUUUUGUGGGAUUUCCUGUUCCAGAAAGUAUGCUGGGGAGAAAGUUGCCUCUUGAAAGUUGCCUUUCAACAAGCAAAUUUGUUUCUUGACAGCUAUUGUGAAUGUGCUUGAUCAAACACAGUGCUCUUUUCCCAUCUCCUCUGAUUAUGUGAGACUACCUUCCCAUCAGAAGUAUCUGCUGAUGCUUUCAAAGGUCUGAAGGCAGGAAAUUUCCAUUUCGUAGGAUGCUCUGUGUGUAAUGCAUAGCCACCAUUGCCCCCUGCUGGUUCAGUGGGAGGACAGCCAAGCCUACAUCUCAGCCCUUGGUAGUCACAAUCAUUGCUGUAUGUAUCGAUUUCAUCAGAAUUACUUAACUACCACCCGAGAAGCUCGCCUCGUUCCAUGUGAUACCCUGGCUUAGCAAGAAGCUACAACUGCAAUAUUAUGUUUAAAAUAAAGACUUAAGGACUGGGCCAAUUUAGGUCUCCUGCUGCAUAUGUCCAAACUAGGAGACUUGUGGAGGAGAAGUCUGGCGGAAAGGUGCAACUAACCACUAUCACUUGAGUAAUGAUUUUCUGAGAUCUAUCACAAUGGCAAAUCCUCUGGAGCUGUAUUUUAUAGAAUAUAGCUAAGCCACAAGGAGCUGUAAUUGAAUCCAGGAGCAGCAGUCUCAUAUGUUGUAUUGGCAGUUGUUAAACUAUCACAAUCAAUGAAGAUGAAUUCAUUUAAAGCAAUGUCUUUUCUACUUAUUUCCUAGGUUGCUUGGAUUAGCCUUUUCCAAGAACCAUCCAUGCUUUGGGAAGGGGCUCAUGUGUAAAAAUAAAGCUGCAAUG